AUGUUGCCAUCACAACCACAAGUUCCAGAAAUUGGUAGCAAAUUCCAAAUAGUAGAAAGUUUCAAGGAAGCUGCUCAACAAGGUGCUAAAGCAGCAGGUUUUGCUUUUAGUAUGUUAUUGUCAAAAAUAUCACGCGAUGAAAAAGGUGGCCAAGCUCCUUAUAUUAUUUUACAAUGCUGCCCUGUUGCUUUGUAUGCUGUUUUGGAUGAGAAAGCUAUUCACUGCCUCCCUCAACAUCAACAACUUAAUACAGAACAAAAGGAGCUAGUUCAUAUGAUUCUCAAAAAUAUCGUUAAUGAACGUGAUAGAAUUAGAAAUGCUCUGAAUGAAGGCUCAAAUAAUGAUACAACUAUGUGGCUUUUGCAGAUGUUAGAAGAACGCCAGUACAUAGUUUGCCAUCUAUUAUCAAAAGAUGGUUGUAUGAAAAAUCUAUUUUUUAUCUAUAUUGAAGCUGCGCAUUGUGCUGCUAUAUGUCCGAAGGUGCUAAUCGUUGAUGCAACUUAUAAAACAAAUUUGUACAAGCUCCCUUUAAUAAAUUCUGUUGAAAACAAAAAGGAAUAUAUCUACGAAUGGUUUUUAAAUACAUUAAAAGAAACAGUCUAUGAUGCUUUUUUUUGUUUACCGGAAGUAUUUGUUUCAGAUAAAUCCCAAGCUCUUCGAAAUGCAGCAAAUAAAUUUUUUGAUUCUGAUGAUGAUUAUGAAAAAUUAUUGCUAUCAAUUCAAAAAGUUGCUUAUGCCGAGGAGAUAAGUAUAGUUGAAGAAGCAUUUGAAAAGAUAAAGCAAGCAGCGAUGAAGAAUAGAGACUUUAAUUAUAUUCAAAAUUACUUUGAGGAAUGGAAAAAGGAUUCAGAAUAUUGGAUGUAUGUUUAUACAAAACAUUAUCCUCAUAUGGGAGUCCAAUCACGCAAUGAGCAGAAGGAAGCCAUAGCAUUGGUUGGAAAAAUUUCUAGAUGGGCAAUUGAUCGAAUAAAAAAAGAAAUAUGUGAGGCUCAAGAAAAUUAUGAUAAUACAAUUAAUAGCAUUUGCAACUGUAGCUUAAGACUAAAUUUCAAACUACCAUGUUGUCACAUAAUUCCAUCAACAGGGCCCAUCCCACUUUCAAUUAUCCACCCCCGCUGGCUUCUAAAACAUGAUUCUGUACCUUUAUUACCUUCAUCUUUGUCAACUAAUACAGCUUUUAAUAAGGCUUUGUAUAUGCUUGAAGAAAAAUAUGCAAAUUUAAAUAAUAGUAGGUCUAAAGCUUCAUUGUUACAUAAAAUCGAAGCACUUAUUGCUGAAGAAAUUGUAAUUCCAAAAGCACCAGCUGCUAAAAAAAAAGAGAAAAAUACAUCAAAAUUUACAACUGAUUUACCAAAAUCGCAGCAGCUUUUAUAUCAUGACCAAAUACCUACCUAUAUGUAUGAACACAUAAAAAAGGUAAUUAAUGUGGAUGGAGAUGGUAAUUGUAGGUAUAGAGCACUAGCUAUAUGUUUACAAAGAGAUAAAAAUGAGUGGUCAGAGAUUCGAAAGGAAUUACAAAAAGAAUUAAUUAAAAAAAAACAAUUCUAUUGUAUCUUGUUUCUAGUCAAUGAUGAUUAUGAGACAAUUAUAAAAGAGAUCUCUUAG